AAAGAGAAUUCCUUCUACACUUAAAUUACUUGAAUCUCAAGUGACAGUACAAAUGAAUAUCAACAUGAAAAUUUUCAUUAUAGUUGGUUUAAUUUUUUUAUGUUUCGCGAAAAUUCCAAGAACAAAUGGAGAUGGAAACUUCUAUCGGCUACCAAAUCAGAAGAUCAAAGUUUACAAGUAUGAUCUGCGAAUAGCACCUUUUGCAAAUCAGGAUUCUAAAUUCGAGGGUGAGGUGAGCAUCAAUACAUACACGUAUACUGCAACAGAAUGCCUGACCAUGAACAGUGUACAACUGAAUAUAAAAGAAAUUCGAGUAUUUUCAAGUCAUAUGUCUUACAAAGUGACUUUUGAAACUCUGUCCGAAAAAGAAAUGCUUCAAAUAUGCGUUCACCCUACACUUCCUUCUUACACUUCCACAACGAUUACCAUAUUAUACAGCGGAGAAAUGAGAAAUGAUUUCAAAGGUUUAUUUAGAAUACAAUAUGAAGAAAAUGGCACCAAAAAAUUGCUCGCAGCCACACAAUUUGAACCAACUUACGCAAGGAUGGUUUUCCCUUGUUUCGAUGAACCUCAAUACUCUGCAAAAUUUGCUAUAUCAAUCGCUCGAUAUAAUGAUCAAACUGCUACCAGCAUAACACCAUUAUCAUCAACUAGUGAAAAAGAUCCCAACUACAACAACCGUGUAUGGGAUACAUUUCAAAACACACCUCCCAUUCCGCCAUACAUGGUUUCAUUUGCUUUGCACCAAUUUUCUGUCAAUGUAAACACAUCAAACCAAGUCAAUGUAUAUUCAAGAAACUACAUAGUGGAUUGUUCAAAGCACAUCGCAUCGAAUUACUUAUCUUGGUACGAUGAAUUUGAAAAGUAUAUGCAGAUAAAAGUCCCCUAUCCUCCGAAUGAUUUAAUUGCUCUACCAGACGGUGACGAAUAUUUACAAAAAGCAGGAUUAACAACUUACAGAGAAAAAGAUAUUUGCAAAAUGAAUGGAAUUGCGGCAGAAAAACAAGAAGAAGAAGUAACAAGAUCAGCUGUUCAUAAAUUGACUCAUCUUUGGCUUGGAAUGUACGCGGCCCCACAUUGGUGGGAAGACACUUGGUUAAGCGAAUCAUUAGCCACUUUAUUCGAAUACUUGAUAGCAGCAAAGAUAGAACCAAUGUGGAAUGUCGACGAUAACUUAGUGGUAGAAGUACUACAAGAUGCUUUAUUCGAGGAAGAAAUUUAUUCAGAUACAAGCCUAUCUUCACCAGUAGAUUUUCCAAAUGAAAUACAAAAUCGAAAAUUCAACACAUUCAUAAAUAAAAAAGGUGCCUCUCUUAUUCGAAUGUUGCAUUAUAUUGUUGGGCCAUCUCGUUUUCAAACAGCUAUAAGAAACGCCCUGCAACAUGCGUAUUAUGAUAGAGCAUUAAUACAACCCAAUUAUAUAUGGGACGAAGUUCAAGAUCAAAUUCAUGACACAGGUAUAUUUCCAACGGACAUAACGGCACAGAAAUUCAUGGAAACAUGGAUUACUAAUUCAGGUUUUCCUUUAAUUACGGUAUUUAAUAUAAAUCAAAGCCACACAACAAUUAAACAAGAAGUGUACAGGUCACCAAGAUCUAUCAAAUCCAUUCCAAGAACAACUUGGAUAGUUCCAGUAUUCUGCAGUACCAAACAAUCGACAACAAAAUUCACAUCUACAAAACCUACAAUAUGGUUACAGAAUGAACAAACUGAUGUUAACAUGAAUUUAAAGAAUGAAGAAUGGAUUUUAUGCAACGUUGAUAAGAUAGGAUAUUUUCGAGUGAAUUAUGACGAUCAAAACUGGGCAUUUCUCACCAAUCAACUGAAAUCAGAUUUGCACAAAAUUGAUUCGACGAGCAGAGCACAACUUAUUGAUGAUUAUUUCCAAUUCGCUAUCGAUAAUAAACGGCCAUUCUUGGGAGCUUUUCAUUUAGCAAAAUACUUGGAAAAGGAGUCGGAUAUGCUUCCAUGGCUUUCAUUCGUUAAAUACAUCAAAUUUUUCUUAAGAUUUUAUGAAGAAACAGAUGCAAUUGAAUAUCUAAAGAAUUAUUUUUCGAAUCUUAUUGAACAACAAUACAAAAGAGUAGGGUUCAAAGCUCAGGAAAAAGACAGCUAUGCUGUAAAAACAGGCAGACCUUAUAUCCUAGAAAUUGCAUGCCUAUUAGAAUUAUCAGAUUGCCUAACUAACGCUGCUCAAGCAUAUCAUACUUUUAUCAACAAUUCAAUCAAAAUUGCAUCUGAAUCAAGAUAUGCGGUGUAUUGUAGCUCAUUUAAAAUUAUAAAAAAUAAACAAAUGGCGUGGAACGAUUUAUGGAAAAUUUACAAAAAUUCCCAAACAAUGAGCGAAAAAGAACUUAUUCUUUCAGCAUUAGCGUGCGCUGAUGACGAAAAUAUCUAUAAGAGAUACUUGUUGCUGACGAUCAAAAAUAAUCCAGAUGUUCCAUUAUUCAAAUUUGAAAAAGACCUCAUCAUCAAGUCAGUUACUUCAUCUUUCAAAGGUGUUACCGCUGCUCUUGAUACGAUUGAAGGAGUUAUCUCUGAAUCAAGCACUUCGUUGAAUGAUACCAACUACGCCUUAAUUUCUAUGAUUACUCAAGCAAGUUUGAAUAUUCAAUCGAAUCAGCAUAUAACAAAACUAAAGCAGAUAAUUUCCAAAAUGGAAAAUUCAGAUAUGAAAAAUUCAACUGCACUAGAGAAAUUGAAAUCGUCGCUUAAUACAAGCCGCAAGAGACACAAGUACAGAGAUGAAAAUAUCGAUGAAAUUAAACAAGCUAUCCAUAAUGUUACAGGAUACAUUUACAUUCCUACAAAAAAAGAAGAUAAUUCCACUCCAUAUUCCGAUUCCAAUAGUACACCUAUUCCAACAAGAAUACCAUCAAAGGCUAUCCUCACCUUGCCUGGCCAUGCAUCAUAUUUCAUUUUAUGUUUAGGCGUUGUAUAUUUUACCAUAAUCGGUUGAAAAAAAUUGAAUAUCUAAGCACAUAGUUUUUAGUUUGAAUUACUAAUUUUAAAGCACAAUUUGAGCAAUCACAGAUUUAUAUUUUAAAUAAAAUAAUUAGUUUUAUGACGCAAAAA